UGAUAUAUACCCGCUCUGCCUGAUAUAUACCCGCUCUGACAGAUAAAUACCCGCCCUGCCUGAUAUAUACCCGGCUGUUCAGUGAAUAUUCUGUGCUAUUUGGGUUUAAUUCGACAGUCCAGUUGUCCCCAUUAAUCCUGAGGAUGAGAGUGCAUGCGCUGCCGCUUCUCCUCCUGGGGCUGGCGCUUCAUGUGAGGCUGGUAACAUCGGCCGGUGUAUUCGAGCUGAAGGUCCAUUCUUUCAGUAGUCCACGCAGUGCUUGUAUCCCCAGCCGACCCUGCCGACUUUUCUUCCGUGUGUGUUUAAAGCAUGCGCAGCCCGUGGUGUCCCCAGAUCCACCCUGCACCUUUGGAGCCGCCAUGAGCGAGGUCUUGUCUGCAGACCCUGGAGCCAUCGCAGCCAGCAGCCCCAUACGGGUGCCCUUUCACUUCAAGUGGCCGGGCACUUUCUCCCUUAUUAUCGAAUCUUGGAGGACGCAGUCAGCGGAUCAGUCCACAGAGAAUCCGGACAACCUGCUAAGUCGUUUGGCGACGCGCAGGCGCUUGUUUGUGGGAGACGACUGGUCUCAGGAUAUCCACUCGGGGCAGCAAAGCGAGCUCCGUUACUCCUAUCAUGUAACAUGUGACGAGCAUUACUAUGGGGACAGCUGCUCAGAUUACUGCCGUCCACGGGACGACCCCUUCGGCCAUUACACCUGUGACCAGGAAGGGAAUCGGCUGUGCCUUUCCGGCUGGAGAGGAGAAUACUGCUCUGAGCCGAUCUGCCUGCCGGGCUGCAGCGAGUCCCACGGCUUCUGCGAGAUGCCAGGAGAGUGCAAGUGCCGCAUGGGCUGGCAAGGACGUUUGUGCGAUGAGUGCGUGCGUUAUCCCGGCUGCCUGCACGGAUCCUGCGCCCAGCCAUGGGAAUGCACCUGCCAGGAAGGCUGGGGAGGACUCUUCUGUAACCAGGACCUGAACUACUGCACCAACCACAGGCCGUGCCGCAACGGAGCCAGCUGCACCAACACGGGGCAGGGAAGCUACUCCUGCACCUGCCGGGCUGGCUACACCGGGACCAACUGCGAGAUCGAAAGUAACGAGUGCGCCAGCAAUCCAUGCAAGAACGGAGGCAGCUGCAACGACCUGGAAAACGAUUAUAAAUGCGUCUGUCCGCGCGGCUUCUACGGAAAGAAUUGUGAUAUCAGUGCGAUGACCUGCGCAGACGGUCCCUGUUUUAAUGGAGGCAGCUGCAUAGAGAAGAGUUUAAUGGGGGGCUACACCUGCCGCUGCCCACUAAACUACCACGGCUCCAACUGCGAAAAGAAGAUUGACCGCUGCACCAGCAGUCCGUGUCUGAAUGGAGGCCACUGCUUGGACGUCGGCCGUAGUGUGGUCUGUAAAUGCCGAGCUGGAUUUUCUGGACCCCGAUGUGAAUUGAACAUCGAUGAUUGCGCAAGCGCCCCAUGCGCCAACGGAGGAACCUGCGUGGACGGUUUGAGCAGCUACACCUGCUCAUGCACAUUGGGUUAUGGAGGCAAAGACUGUAAAGUCCGCAUGGACGCCUGCAGCUCCAGACCCUGCCGCAAUGGAGGCACCUGUUACACCCACUUCUCUGGCCACGUCUGCCAGUGUCCCGUGGGUUUCAUGGGCUCCAACUGUGAACUCAGGGUAGAGGACCCUACCCCAUCGUCCCGCCGUGCCGAGCCUCCAUCCACCCUGGCUCUGGCCUCGUGUCUGGGGCUGGUCACCUUGUGUCUGAUGGGAAGCGGAGUCCUACUACUAAUGAAGGCUUUGAGAAAAGGGCAAGCAGACAGCAGGGGCAAAGUCACCAACCACCUGGAGCCCAGAAAUAACCUCAAGGAAAAGGAGCCCUUCCUCAUCUCACCUCCGCACUUUAAGAUGCCAAAUCAAGACGGUUUAAGGGAGAAAUCUGGAAGCAAACAGAAGCUGCUGGCAGGGUCCGAGAGCGAGGAGAAGCACAGCGGACCCCCAGGCCAUUGCACGAAAUCAGACUUCAGACACUGCAGCCCCCCAAGAGUUAACUGCGAGGAGCCCACCUUCCAGCCCGUGUACUUAUUACCAGGUCACACUGAACAACGUGUAUUCGCUACCGAGGUCUAACAUGUCUGGGACGCGACUUGGGGCUGCAACGUCAGGACAUGAAAUCUUCCAACCUCGCGACGUAUGAACCAAACUAUUUAUUUCUACGUGAACUUUUCAGAGAGCUCUAUUAUUUAUUACCCCGCUGCUAGAGAUGGAGUCAAACCCCACAGAAACAAAUUCAUUUUUAUUCGUUAAAACACCUUCUGCCUGGGCGUAGGAGUAACGCCGCGCAGGAUUCCCGCCGAUAGGAGUAACGCCGCGCAGGAUUCCGACCGAUAGGAGUAACGCUGCGCAGGAGUAACAGUGGGCAGGAGUAACGUCGCGCAUGAUUCAGAGGACGAUCUCACAAACCAGAAGCGUGAAUCGUCCCCCAGACUCUUUUGUGGAAACGUGUUCUAUGUAUGAUAAUUCUGUGUACAGUAUCUAAAUAUCUAUUUAAUAUGUAUAUGGUUUUUAUUUAUAAGUCUGUAUAUAGAUGUCCUGUCAGAGUGUUUUAUAAAAUGUAUAUUUUGUGAAAGUGAAA